CUCGCGUUCAAGAGUUUGAUAGCGAAAUAACAAUAGUUUUGUGAUAACCAUCCAGAUGCACGCAAGAUUAGUAUACAUCUUCAUACUGAUAAACAUUCUCAACGCUCUUGCAGUUCCUUACUGGAGUAACAUAUUAUCAAAACGAAGAAAAUAUUGUGGCAGUGACGUAACUUCAGCACUUAGAAUAAUAUGCGAAGGAAAUCACUAUGGAACAACAAUGAAACGAUCAGACUUGCUUGCAUUCUAUAACAGGUUGAAAAACCAUUUGGAUUCUGAAGAAUUACAAUUCCUCCCCAGUUCAGAAGAUCUAGCCGAGUCUUUGGUUCCAGCCAAAUCACGAGAAGGAAUAACAGAAGAAUGUUGUACCAAGUCUUGCUCAAUAAAUGAAUUAAGAGCUUACUGUGCAGCAUGAAGCGACUAGUACUCGAAAAUCUUCUCAUAUAAUCUUACAACGAAUUUAUGUAAGCUUAACUGAUAUUUUUUGAUAUUUCAUUGUAGAAACCACGGUG